GUGGAACCAUCCCCUGAUUGGCUGCGGUGGCGCUCAGAAGCGAGGUUGCGCGCGCGCCCCCGUGAACUUGAGUGCUGUGUGUAACCCUCCGUGCUGCUUCGUCUCCACAGCAGUUUUAGUUCCUUGUCUAGAACGCUCGUCUCCGGUGCUCGGAAUGUUCCCAGAACUCAAUAACCUUCUCAAUACCAGCCCUGACAGAGUGGAGCAGGGGAAACUGACCCUACUGUGUGAUGCCAAGACAGAUGGCAGUUUCCUUGUGCACCACUUUCUCUCCUUCUACCUCAAAGCUAAUUGUAAAGUCUGUUUUGUGGCACUUGUCCAGUCCUUCAGUCACUACAAUGUUGUGGGACAGAAGCUGGGUGUCAGCCUGACUGCGGCACGGGAGCGGGGGCAGCUUGUGGUCCUUGAGGGUCUCAAGUCAUCGGUGGACAUCUUCCUGCGGGCUGAGGGGGCGCCGCACCCCCUGUGCUUCCUCAGGGAGGCCAACGCCGGAAACCUGCAGCCGCUGUACGAGUUUGUGCGGGAGGCCCUGAAGCCCGUGGACCGUGGGGAGGCUGCCUGGAGGAGCCCGGUGCUGCUGGUGGACGACCUCAGCGUGCUGCUGGGCCUGGGCGUCAGGGCGGUGGCCGUGCUGGACUUCAUCCACUACUGCCGGGUGGCCGUGUGCUGCUCGCUGCAGGGAAACAUAGUGGCCCUUGUACACGACAGCGGAGAUGCUGAGGACGAAGAGAGUGACAUGCUGUUGAAUGGCCUCAGUCACCAGAGCCACUUGAUCCUGCGGGCCGAAGGUUUGGCCACCGGCUUCUGCAGGGACGUGCAUGGGCAGGAAUGUCUCCGGCCGUCCUGUGAGCACCAGGGGGCAGACGACGCUGCCCUGGGCUGCGUCGGACGUGGAGGACGAAGCACGCGAGCAGGAUGCGUCUUCACGCCUUCGUAGCCGUGUUUCAGGCCGGCCUGUGACCAGGGACGGCCGGGCGGUGUUGUGACGGGUGCCUCUGUCCCGGGCCUUGUUCAGAAAGCACACGAGGAAUCCGAGGCCCCACCUCUGCUGAGAGAGGCAUUGGACCGGGCAGGGGGCCCUUCGGAGCCCUCCCUGUAAACGUGCCCGAGCCCAGCUGCCCGCUGCUGGUGGUUGUGCCUUAGAGCCAGGGCGGGUAUGAAUGUGCCAGCCAGGGGCAGUCCUGGGUGGCAGGCGUCCUAGGGGUCAGGUAGGGUAACCAUGGCUGGGGUAAAGUGAGUUCCCACUUUGUGGCUUCCUGUGGAUUGGCUCAUUUAAUUUUCACCUUUGUCUCUCAAAGGUGUUUCCCCCUUGGUCCAGCGAGGAGAGCAGCUUAGACAGCUGUGGACGCUCGAGGCCAUAGAGCAGGGCAGGGGCCUGCACCAGCUGGCCGACCCUCACGGAAGGGGAGGCAGGCCCCCCGCCCACCCAGUUCUCAGCUUCAGCUCCUCCUGGUUCCGUGGGUCCUGGCCCAUAUACUGAGGAGGCCUGGCCACCAAGGGCCUGGCACCCUGGCGGUGGUCACCUGGGGCCCCACGUAGGGCCUGGGUUUGCUGGCCUUGGUGAGGGUGUAAGCAGUGUUCUUGCCACCAGGCAGGAUGGGCCUUGGCAAGGGGCUGGGGCCCCUCCCCUGUGAAGACCACGGGAGGUGCGCUUUGCCCGGUCAUCUGGGAGGUACCAGCUGGCCACACUCAGCCCCUCGGUCAGGGUCACCUCGGAGUGGGCGCCAGGGGUGUCCAGCCUCUGGCCUCUCUGUGCCACACUGGAAGAACAGUUGUCUUGGGCCACACAUUAAAUAAACCGCAACACAUAAUCACAAAAAAAAUCUAGAGUUUUAAGUAACUUUGCACAUUUGUGUGGGACGGCUUUCACAGCCACCCCGGGCUGCAUGCGGCCCAGAGGCCGCAGGCCGGACACCCCUGCCUUAAAGUGUAUGAGUUACAGCACAGUGGAUUUGAUUUUUAAAUAAAUAGAAUGGAAAGCCGAAACACUGCUUUGCAGUGACUAGAGGAGUCUCAGUUUUUUUAACUCUAACUUUUUGCAUUUUUAGUCUUUGACAUGGGGCACAUAAAAAAAGCAACAAUAAAUGCGUAAAUUAGUGGAACGACAGAUUGGUGCUUCUCUCCCUCUCUCCAAUCAAUUAGUAAAAUUAAAAUAAAAUGGGGAUUAUCUUGCCUCCUCUAAAGGCCCUCAUGAGGAUCAUAUGAGGAAUGCAGCCAGUCUGGCAAGGAGCCAGCAGUCAACCAUUCUUACUAGUGGCUGCUAGUAUGACGUGUGAUAACGUGGGGUUUUGUGUAAAGGUGUGCACUGACGGCUUCUGUAAGUGCAGGGAAUGACCUUCACCUAUACUAGGUGUCUUGACACGUGGUAGGAACUUAGUAGGUCAUAAAGGCAUUGAAUAGUAUCAAUACAACUUGGAGAUUUUCAAUAUUUUUAGUGACUGUGUCAUGGUCAUUUGGCUGUUUAUUGGGAUCUAGGCUUUUUUUUUUUAACACCAGUUCACAUGGAUUUAGUUUUUUUCCCUGAAAACCACAGAGGUCUGUGUCCUUGGUCACUUCUUUGUACCUGACUCCCAGGUCAAGGCUCCCUGGGGUUGAGGUGAGUUUCCUGGCCACAGAGCAGCCCCUGCUGCUGCGGGUCAGCCGGGGUUCAGCUCGGAGAGGGGCCGCGCCGAAGCCCCACUUGCCACUCCAUCACCUUGCCAGCUGCUGCACCAGAGCUUAACUCAUGGUUAGCCUGACCACCAGUGCAAGCGACGGCAAAGACAGGCCCAAGUGCCCAUCUGUGUGCCCAGACCCUACUCAGGUGCCUGUGCGGUGGGUUGGAGCAGAGUCCUGUGUCCCUGACUGUGGCCACCUCAUCAGUUUCGAGGGACCUUGGGCAAAUCUGCCCUCUCGAGGAAGAUUUCAUCUGUGGAACAUCCAGCCCUUGUCUUUCAAGAUUUUCAUGAGGACUGGCUCUGUGUAGAAGCUUAAGAAUAGGGAGUUACCGUUUCUUGACAGCCUUUAAACUCCAUCUCAUUUUUAGUUUUUGAACACCACUCCCAUGGUGAGGAAUUUGCAGUAAGGUUGAGCUUUACUAGUGGUAAAAAGAAUUCCGAGAUGUCCUAAAUGACAGCAGGCUGGGGGGUGGGAGGAAGAGAUGAGAGGUCAGUCAGUGACCGACUGGAAGGCACACCAGCAGGCUGUUUACAUUCCCGGGAGCAUGUUGAAUUAACAUCCAGGGGACUGCUUCCCAAUUAUCUAGAGAGACUAGCCAGCACCCCCCUACCCCACCCCCGUUCUUGCCAACUCAUGAACUUUCCAGGCUGUUUCCAGGUCGCCCACAACCAAUUCCAAUGAGCAGAUACUUCCUCAGGGACUCCACCUACCCCAGAGCCAGCCUGGCUCCAUUCCCCCACCCCUUUAUCCACAAACCCAAAACAAUUUCUCCGGUUGUUUGCAUAAAAGAGCCCAUCAAUGCCAGAACUGCAGACUCGUGGCUUUCCUCAUCCAGCCCUGAAGUCUAAACCCGGGUGGUUAAUCCCCAGGGCCUGGUCCUUUUCUGGCUAGCAUAUGGGUCUGUAAUCCUUUCAGAAAAACUUUCAACCCUGAAUGUCUUUGGUUUAAUUCUGAUUAGGGCUAAAUGGAGCUGUUCCACCUGAAUUAUAUUUAAAGAUAAGAUCAGGUAUUUGCAACUUACCUGGAAUGCAUAACAAAUAAAAUGUAUUCAUAGGUGGAUGAAGAGACUUUUAACAAUAGGUAAUAAUUCACUAAGCAAAACAUUAACAGUUAUAGAACCUAGGAUGUAUAGUUAACCAUAUGGUU